AUGAAAACGUAGGAGCAACAAUAGAGAGGAGAGAGAGAGAGGGAUCUGUAUCCACUGACAAUCUCUGGAGGAAGUUAGUGUCUCAGGCUGCGGCGAGUAGCAACCUCGGCUCCUCCUGGACAGUUUAAACUUUCUGUCGGGGAGGAAUGAUCUCUCCUCUAGGCUCCUGCUUCAUUCCGGAUUGUAUCUCGACAAUAUCUUCAUCUUUUUGCUUCUUCUGCAGACUCCUUGAACUGUUUACUUUAGAGUUUCGGUUUCAUAUUUGUAUCAGUAGAAAGACAUGGUUUACUUCACCUGUUGCCCAGAGAUGUUGAGAACCGCUGUGCAGAUGUGAACGGCUCAACACUAGCAUAACCCAAACAAAUCGUUCAAAAGAAAGCCGUUUUCUAGCUUCUAGUUCAGUUACAUCAGUGACGAACACGGGCAUGGAUCUGAGACCGGAGCACCCCACAGUCUCCUCUGCCUCUCAAGUCCACCCGGGAGCGGCGGCCGCCGCCGCAGCCGCGGCAGCAGCCUCCAUCCCGGUGUCCAUGGCCAGCAGCCUUCUGCGCGGCCCUCCGCUCAUCUUGCGCGCCGCGGACAAGUACCCGCGCACCCCGAAGUGUGCCCGCUGCAGGAACCACGGCGUGGUUUCCGCACUGAAGGGUCACAAGCGCUACUGCCGCUGGAAGGACUGUAUGUGCGCCAAGUGCACACUGAUUGCCGAGAGGCAGCGCGUGAUGGCGGCGCAGGUGGCGCUGCGGCGGCAGCAGGCGCAGGAGGAGAACGAAGCCCGGGAGCUGCAGCUGCUCUACGGCACGGCGGAGGGACUGGCCCUGGCCGCCGCCAACGGCAUCAUCCCGCCGCGUCCAAACUACGAGGUGUUUACCUCUGUCAACAGCGAGAGUCACUCAGAGUCAAGUCUCCAGAAGUAUGAGCUGUUUUCAAAGAGCCAGCUGUCCGGAUCCGCCACCUCUCAGCAGUCUGCUAUGGGGAAACCGGCGUCUGCCGAAAAUGACUCGGUCCCGGGCAUGUCGUCUCCAGACGGCCGACAUGGAGGCUCGGGUUCAGAGAACGGAGACAGCGAGUCUUUCAUCAGCUCGCCGGUCUCCAAGCCUUUAAAAGACGGAGGGGAAACUCCUGGCUCCGUCAGCUCCAUUGCCUCUGAUUCUGGCUCUGAGACCGACAAAGACGAGCAGGAGCCCUCCCCUUCCUCUGCGGCCUCCCGGCACAUGAACGCCAUCGACAUCCUGACCCGAGUGUUCCCCAGCCACAAGCGGAGCGUCCUGGAGCUCGUCCUGCAAGGCUGCGGUAAGGACGUGGUGCAGGCCAUCGAGCAGAUCCUCAACAACAGCGGCGCUCAGAGCUCCAACAAGGCCGGGACAGCUGAGACGUGGACGGCCGAGAGGGUGCUCCAAAACGCACAGCAGCCUCCGCCGUCCUCCGCAUCCACAACCGCUCCGACAAGGCCCCUGUUACCCGGAACCAUGACGCUCAGUAACCGCUCUGCAUUUUCCCCUCUCCAGCCAAACUCCCCGCACUUCGGCGCAGACCCCAGCACCUAUCCGUUGGGCACCCACCUGGGACUGAAUCCUCUACGACUGGCCUACUCUGCGCACAGCCGGGGACUGGCUUUCAUGACGCCCUACUCCACCACCGGGUUGAUGCCCACCCUGGGCUUCAGACCCCCGAUAGACUAUGCCUUUAGUGACCUGAUAAGGGACAGGACAAUGUUACACAAGGAACAAGGCUAUGCCAGCGGCCUGUACGGGCCCUUGGUCAACAACACGCCAGAAAAACAGUGAGGCUGGUGGACUGACCACAGAGACACAUGACAUUGUAUUUGUAGCCACAAGUGUUGAAUGUUCUGGCGACAAUCUGUGAUGUGUUUUGGCUACAGGCUACUGUAGAUAAUAGGAUUAUCUCGCUUGUAGUCAAAUGGUCUGAGAUAAAGAAAAAAAAAAAAAUUAAACUCACUUAUGUGUAAUUUUCAAAAAUAAUUUUAUAUGUUUGACUAAGAAAGUUUGGCUGACAUUCCCCAGGUAUGAAGUUGA